AUGUUGCCCCCUAGGUCUGCCAUCGGUCGAAUACACAUAAGACCGGUGUAUCCACCUCGGAUACCCGGCUACAAUGUUAAUAUCCGCCCCUUCACUCAAAAUACGAAGCUUCUUCUCGCCCGGCCGCCCGGCCGUCCUCAAUUACCAUUCCUGUCACCACUAGCACCUACCCGUUUCCUCCCACCGCUAUCAAUUCAUCUUCGCCAGCAUUUCGCACGACUGAUAUCGACAGAAAGCCGCAAUAGCUAUAAGCGACGUUUCUCCCGCGGUCUUAAAUUUGGCUUGUCGUUCUAUGCCAUUAUCGUCCUUUUCCAAAUCAUCCAGGUGGGCGUAUACCAAGAAGACAUCGAACACGAAUGGCCUACUCCUCCGGAAUGGAGCUGGAAGAGCCGUUGGUGUCUGCGAUCCGCGCAAGCCUUGCAACACCCUGAUCAUAUCGGCAAGAUGAUGACCAAUUGGCCGAUGGUAGCUGGAUAUCUACAUGAGCUUCUAGAGCGUCUGGAAAAUGUAGAUGGCGAAGGCAAGGGGUUGAUUGAACAAGAUGAAGGUGGAUUUCUGGUUGAGGGUGUCGGACGAACAGGAUUCGACAUUUCGGCUAAAACUGAGCCGUGGCGCCGUGGAUACUUCCAGACUCUCAUGGGAGCUGCAAAGGCGGCGGAGAAUCUGGAUGGAUGGUUGACUGAUCGUAAGCAGCGCAUCUCAGCUCCGGCAGAGUAUGUUGUUGGUCCGUCAAAUCCCCGACCAAAGCCCAUGCCUGCGGCGCAGAAGACCAUACCGCAGGAGGAAGAUAGCGAGCCGGCAUCUCCACCCCCAGAGACAUUUUACAUGAAGAUCCUCACAACGAAUGGUUUUGAUACCAGGCAGAAGCUUGAUGCUGCGCUUGCAUAUGCUGAUUGGCUGGAUUUCAAGGGUCUGGGUGACACUGCCGGUGACAUGUAUAAGUGGGCGCUUGAUAUUGCUGUGGGUGGCUUUGAGGGCGACGUCAGCAAAGUCGUCGACCUCAAAACCGGAAUUUUUAAGAGUGGCUCUGAAUUGCCCUCGGAGAAUCUCAUUCGCGUCUCGACGGCGCUUGCUGUUCAUAGUGCACGCCAAGGCAACCUUCCCACAGCACUCUCCCUCUUUACUUCCAUCCUCCAGGCUCGACGUAACCUGCCCUCUUCUGACUCUCUCCCCUUCAAAUAUACACCUCCUGCUCCACCAAAGUCAAACGACAUAUUCUCCUCUCUAUAUAAAUCUCUCAAAACAGUUCUCAUCCCGGUUGACUAUCCACCACCCCAACCAUCAGGCGACACCCCGCCCUUGCGCACCGCCAGCUCCGCAUGUGACGAGGCAGGCCUGAUGACAUACAUCGGAGAAAUCAUCUUCGCCUCCUCAGCACGAGACCAAGGUCUGUCUUGGACCCGCGACGCAGUCGAAAUGGCAGAGUCUACGUUGCUAGAUCUUCGCAGCUCCUCCGACCAAGAAUCCCGCACCCGCUGUGGACAGUGUCUGAAAGUCGGUCUUGAGAAUUGGAAGAUGAUGGUGUCUGCCCUUGUGGCUCAAAGCCAACGAGAGGAAACACAGAGCGCCGAGCAGGCGAAGAAGGCAUGGUUUGGCGGCCAUCGUCAUGCACGAGAAAAGGCUGCCGAGUUGCGUCGUUGGAAGGCAGAGGAAGCUAUUUUGGAUGAUCGAAUUCGAAAACUGUUCCCUAUAUUAGAGGAACAGUCUGGAUUGGAUCUUCUUUCUCCGAAUAGCUCCUUGUUUGUUUGA